AUGUCGUCCCCCUCAUCCUCGACUCCCAACGUUGAAUCAACAUACCCAUCCUCUUCCCAGCCCCAACAAGAACAAGACUCAACCGAAAGCAAGCUCCAGCAACUCCUAAGUGGUGUCUGUAAACAGAAGCUAUUGGAAGAAGUCGACAAACUCAAAGAAGCUGUUCAGAAGGACGACAAAGACAAAGUCAUCAUGUCGAUUCCCAUGCUCCUUGCUCUUACUGUCUGCCCCGCUAUGCUGGGUACGCAAGAAGCGAUUCGACAGAGUCAGAGCAAGUCGAAGCGAGAGGAGCAUCGUGGUCGACGUUGCAACCUCGUUGUCUCUUGCGUCAAGCCUUCUAUCAGAAGUCGUGAUAUCAACAACAAAUUGGUCGUCUUGAAAGAUUCAAAGCUCUACAUUGCCAAUGAACAUCCUCUUUACAAUCAUGAUCCCAAGAAUAACAUCAGCAAAGGCUAUGCAUUCUCAGGAUACUUCCUCCCUUUCCCAGAUGCAGAGUACGAGGGCCUGGUCACUACCAUCAGCGACGACCCUCCGUUCCUGAACUGGAUCUACGUUGACAAGAACACCUACGAAGUCAAGUAUGGAGUUCGCGCUGACACUGAAGGCCACAUCACUGGUCCCUUUGACUGCACCAAGCAAGAUCGUCGCAUGACUUGUGAAGGUUGGGAAGGCUUCUGCGCUGUAGAAGAACUCCCUGGUAUCUGGGCCCUCUACUACGAUCGUGAUGACGAUGGUCUACGUUCAAAAGUCGCUAUGGGCACUCGUGUUCUCGAAGUAGAGCUCACUCGUCGCGAGAAGAAGGAACCCAAGCCUGUCCCUGAUCCCAAUGCACCCAAGACGGUUGACGAGAAGAUGAAGCAGCACCAGGAACAAACUGCCAAAGAAGAGGCCGAGAGGGCCGAAUUCAUCGCAACUGGUCGUCAUCCUGGCGCUGAGCCAACUUCUCCUGCCAAGGUUCCCGAGAUCACGAAGACAACCUUCCUUGAUCCAGAGUCUAAGGAGGCCAAGCGCCAACGCAUCGCCGAUGCUCUCAGUCGCCUCAACAUCGACAGCCCUACCAAGAGUGAGGGAGGUUCUGACGGCAGCAUUCUAACAAGUCUCAGUCAGGACUUCUCCAUCUUCUCACUGGCCAAGAAGAUGAAUGAGGGUACAAACAAUGAAGAGGACGCCACUGUGGCGAGCUCAGUAUGGGGGGAGCAGGAAAAGGAAAAAGAAAAGAGCAAGGACAAGGGUCAUAACAAUAAUCACUCCAUGAGUGAGGCAGGCUCGUAUAGGAAGCCAACAGUCGAGGAUGUUUGA